AUGGCGGGGUAUGGCAAGGUGGCUGCAGCGAGGCCAUGGCGAACUGCGCCCUACGCCCGACCAGAACCCGGCGGCAAAUGCUACUGCUGCGGCAGCACGGCGCACCGGAAGGUGGAGUGCCCCCACACAGGAAAGGAGUGCGACAUAUGCCACAAAGUCGGGCACCUGAAGCACAUGUGCGAGUCCAGAGCAGGCAGCGUGGUCUCCGACGGACCUGGCAAGAAGUGCUACUGUUGUGGAAGCACUUCACAUCAGAAGAUGGAGUGUCCACAUGUUGAGCAGACCUGCGACAUUUGCGGCAAGAUGGGUCAUCUCAAGGCAAUGUGUGCCUCGUCUGCCGAUGCUGGCACAGGCAAAUCAACAGGCAAAGGCAGCGGGCUUGCUUGCUAUUGCUGUGGCAGCUCGGAUCACCGGAAGGUUGAAUGCCCCCACACAGGAAAGGAGUGUGACCUUUGCCACAAAGUCGGGCACCUGAAACACAUGUGCGAGUCUAGAACAGGCAGCGUGGUCUCCGACGGACCCGGCAAGAAGUGCUACUGUUGUGGAAGCACUUCACAUCAGAAGAUGGAGUGUCCACAUGUUGAGCAGGCCUGCGACAUUUGCGGCAAGAUGGGUCAUCUCAAGGCAAUGUGUGCCUCGUCUGCCGAUGCUGGCACGGGCAAAGCAGGGGGCAAAGGCAGUGGGCUUGCUUGCUAUUGCUGUGGCAGCUCGGAUCACCGGAAGGUUGAGUGUCCCCACACAGGAAAGGAGUGUGACCUUUGCCACAAAGUCGGGCACUUGAAACACAUGUGCGAGUCUAGGACAGGCAGCGUGGUCUCCGACGGACCCGGCAAGAAGUGCUACUGUUGUGGAAGCACUUCACAUCAGAAGAUGGAUUGCCAGCAUGUUGAGCAGACCUGCAACAUUUGCGGCAAGAUUGGUCAUCUCAAGGCAAUGUGUGCUUUGUAUGCAAGUAUUGGCACAGGCAAAUCAGCGGGCAAAGGCAGUGGGCUUGCUUGCUAUUGCUGCGGCAGCACGGCGCACCGGAAGGUGGAGUGCCCCCACACAGGAAAGGAGUGCGAUCUUUGCCACAAAGUGGGGCACCUGAAGCACAUGUGCGAGUCUAGAGCAGGCAGCAUCGUAGUUUCCGGCGGACAUGGGAAGCAGUGCUACUGCUGUGGAAGCACUUCACAUCAGAAGAUGGAGUGCCCGCACGUUGAGCAGACCUGCGACAUUUGCGGCAAGAUGGGUCAUCUCAAGGCAAUGUGUGCGUCGUCCGCCGAUGCUGGCACAGGCAAAGCAGGGGGCAAAGGCAGUGGGCUUGCUUGCUACUGCUGUGGCAGCAUGGAACACCGGAAGGUUGAGUGCCCACACACAAGCAAGGUGUGCGACCUUUGCCACAAAGUCGGGCACCUAAAGAACAUGUGCGAGGCCGGCCCAAGCGGCAGUGCAACCGGCAGAAGAGUAAAGCCAUGCUACUGCUGCGGAAGCGCAGAUCAUCAAAAGAUGCAGUGCCCGCACGCUGAGGACAUGUGCGGCCUGUGUGGCAAGAUUGGUCAUCUUGACAACAUGUGUGAAUCAUCCACGGGUCAUUUUGAGAACAUGGAUGAAGCAGCCUUGGAGUGA